AUGCACGUCAUCUUUGACGAGACGAUGCUUAGCCAGCGCUUCGGCCCGGAGGUGCAGGCCAAAGUGCAUAGGCACGUCUUGCAGCUGCGCAAGGCCUACGAUGAAGUCUUUGCAGAUUACGACGUGCUGGUCACGCCGACGGCGCCAACCGUUGCGCCGCCGCACCCAGACAUGAGUCCUGCGACCGAGGGCGGCAGCACGGUGCUCGACAAGGCCAAGUUGGCGCUGGGUGCCAUGAACAACACCUGCCAGUUCAACGCGACGGGCCACCCGGCGCUGAGCGUGCCGUGUGGCUGGGCCACCGCCAGCGACGGCCAGAGCAAGUUGCCAGUCGGAAUGCAGCUCGUCGGCAGGCGUUGGGAUGACUUGGGCGUGUUGCAGGCCGCCAGGGUCUUUGAGAUGGGAGGAGGCGGGCUAGGGACUUGGCCGGGCGCACUCACCGGCGCGGGCGCGGGCGCGGGCGCGGGGGGAAAGAACUUGCAGCACACUUUCUCUUUCGUUGUCGCAAGAGUCCGGGAGCUGAAAGAUGAAGGGGAGAGCGACGGCUCCAGCGCCAAAGCCGCUGCCGUGUCCGAUUAUGAUCUCAAUAUUCCCAUUUCCAGCGAGCAAGGAGGGCUGAGAUCCAAUCUGCCUGGCUAUGGAGACACACAUUUCAGUUUGUUCCUCCGGAAGGUUUUCAUCAAGGCCCUGGGGUACACGGACGAGUCCCUCAGCAAGCCGAUUAUUGGCAUCAUCAACACAUUUUCUUCGUUCAAUCCCUGCCAUGCUCAAGUGCCCCGGCUCCUCGAAGCCGCCAAGCGUGGCAUUCUGCUGGCCGGCGGCCUGCCCAUGGAGUUCCCGACCAUCAGCGUCCACGAGAGUUUCUCCAAUCCGACCAGCAUGUACCUGCGAAAUCUCAUGAGCAUGGACACUGAGGAGAUGGUGAAAUCGCAGCCCGUGGACGCCGUGGUCAUGAUCGGCGGUUGCGACAAGACUGUCCCAGCGCAGCUCAUGGGAGGGAUCUCUGCAAACAAGCCCUUCUUGCCCUUGAUCACUGGCCCAAUGAUGCCUGGUUCGGUGAAGGGCGUCCGCGUCGGAGCGUGCACGGAUUGCAGGAACAGCUGGGCCAAGUAUCGCGCUGGCGCAAUUGACAUCGAGGACAUCAUGGACGUCAACGAGGAGCUUGCGCCCACGGCAGGGACCUGCGGUGUGAUGGGCACCGCCAGUACUAUGGCGUGCAUCACGGCUGGCCUGGGCCUGAUAGACCUCAAAUCCGGAGCCACGAGUCCCGCAGUCUCGUCGACGAGACUGCGCGUGGCCGAAAACACUGGGAAAACCGCAGUGGCCAUCCUCCGAGACAAAGAAGGCUUCAGGCCACAGAAACUCCUUGCUUACGAGAAUUUUAUCAACGCGAUUAUCGUCCUGCAGGCCAUCGGCGGAAGUACCAACGCCAUCGUGCACCUCAUGGCCAUCAUCAACCGACACCCCGAUGUCCGAGGUCGCAUCACACUCAAGACCUUUGACGAGAUAGGGAGGAAGACGCCGUUACUUGUCGACCUCAAGCCCAGCGGCGACAAUUACAUGACCGAUUUCCACAACGCUGGGGGCAUGCUGGCUCUGAUGCACACCCUGCGACCGCUGCUCCACCUGAAUGCGCGGACCUUCACCGGCCAGACGCUGGAUGAGAUGCUCGACUCAACGCCCUUUCAGACCUUUGACUACUCGAAGCGCAUCGUCCGCUCACUAGAUGAUCCCCUCCACCCGAGCUCCAGCUUGGCCGUCCUGUACGGCAACCUUGCACCGGACGGAGCGGUGAUGAAGGCGAGCGCCUCGAAGGACAGGCGAUUGCUCAAGCACCGAGGCCGGGCCUGUGUGUUCAAGAAUAGUAGAGACCUGAGUGCGCGCAUCGACUCGGAUGACCUUGACGUAACGGCAGACUCUAUCUUGGUGCUGCAAGGCAUUGGCCCUGUUGGCAACCCGGGUAUGCCCGAAGCGGGUCUCAUCCCAAUCCCUCGGAAGCUCGGCAGGUCCGGUGUCACCGACAUGCUGCGCAUCAGCGAUGGCCGGAUGAGCGGUACGGCUGGAGGAACGAUUGUCCUGCAUGUCUCGCCCGAGUCUGCGGACCCGGAGUCCGUCCUAGGUAUUGUGCAGGACGGAGACUACAUCAGUUGCGAUGUCGAGGCAAGGAUGCUGCACUUGGAGAUAGAGCAAGAGGAGAUCAAGAUGAGGAUAGCUGAGAGGGAGGAAAUGAAGGCCUCAAGACGAAAGGUUAUACGUGGAGGAAAGCUCGCGGCGGACGUAGAGCGGGAUCCAUGGCAUACAAGAAGAAAUGAGCGUGGCUAUAGGGGUUUGUAUGAGAGGCAUGUUAAUCAGGCACAUUUGGGCUGCGACUUUGACUUCUUAACGGCUGAAGGGCCGCGGUUAGCGGAGGAAGAAGGGUCAGUGUAG